AUGAUAAUUUUAUUUUCAUUGAUACCAACAUUGUAUUGCUUUUAUUCCAAGGGUAUUCUUGAUCAAGAUCUCAAUCAUAUCAUGAACGAGUUGAUAAAUGGUUCAUUACCUUAAGGUAGGUUAUCAAUGAAAGAUGUGGAAAAUUUAUUUGCAGAACUUGAAAACUCAACUAACCUUGUUCAUUCCUAAUCGAUUGGAUAAUCUUAUCUUAAUAAAACCAUUAAUUCUUAUUCAUUAUGCUCUAAUUUUAGCAAAGAAAAACCAAAGAUGCUUAUAACUAGUUUGCAUCAUUCUAGAGAAGUAGCUAGUUUGUAGAUGAAUAUAUACUUGUUUCUCUAUAUUUUAUGGGAAGUAAAACAUGAAAAGAAUCCCUAUUAUAUUAAUAUGAUUACUCAUAAUUGCAUUAUGAUUGUCCCAUUUGUUAAUAUUGACGGAUACAAUGAAAUUGAAUCUGAAUUGAAUAAGCAUAUUUACUAACCCUAAACUAGAAAAAAUCUCAAUCGAACUAUUAAUUGUUAUUAAUAGGGUGAAUUAGCUGGAAUAGAUUUAAACAGAAACUAUGGAUAUCAUUUUGCCUAUGAUAAUAUAGGUAGUUCUAAUGAUCCUUGUGAUGAGACUUAUAGAGGAAGUGCUGCUUUUUCUGAAAAGGAAACUUAAGCGAUCAAAAAUGUUGUUGAAAAUUAUAAUAUUAAAAUGGCCAUGAAUUUGCAUUGUUUUGGAAAUUUAUGGGUCAUACCAUAUAGUUAUGAUAAUGAAGAAUUAGAUAAAGAUGGAGUUCCAUAUUUGAUUUAUGAAGAUUUUAAGCAAAAAGGAGAAUUUUAAGGGAGAUACAAAAUAGGACAUGCAAUAGAAUUAGUCUAAUACACUGCAAAUGGUGAAGCUGCUGAUUGGAUGCUUUCUUAAGGAGUCAUUGCUAUUAGUCCAGAAUUAGGAGAAUAAGCUUACUCAAAUUUUUUUUAAAACUUUUAUCCCGAUAAAGAAUAAACGAUUAAAUUAUUCAAAACUGAAUUUCCUCCUUUAAUUCACUUUAUUAAGUACUUGCCUUUUCAACCCUUUAUCAAAAAUGUAUACUAAUAUGACUUGGAUGAUAUUGAGAGAUUUAAAAAAGAAUUUUCUCCAAAUCAAUAUAUUGUUGAAAUUUAAUGCAUCAAUCAUGGUGUAUCCAAUGGCAAUAAUUAAUAAUUUGUUGUUUCUAAUACUGUUUAACUUGUUGAGGCAUAUUCCAUGGAUAUUAAAUAUCAAGAGGAAUUUGAUAGGGAACAUAUUGAUACGAGUAAAUUAAGUAUCAUAGAAUUUUCAAACAAUACCUUCUCCAAUAAUUAGUUCAAACCUCGAAGUUAAAUGGUUUAUUUUUUAAUUUUACAGGAAUCUAAUCUUGGAAAUGAAGUGAAAUUCUAUUUUAAUUCGCAUGGAGAAGACAAUUAAACUAGUAAUUAUAAAAAAUAAAUUGUAGCUUUGAUUCUUAAGAAUCUUCAAUAAGAGUAGAACUAAUAAAAAGUCAUCUAAUAUUAGAAACUUUAGACCUUAUUUUAUAUUGGCGUUUUAAUAAUUUUAAUAAUUGCAAUAUGGAUUAUUCUCUAGCGUGUUACUAAACGAGCAGAUAACGAUAAAAAAUUAAACAUUACAGAAUUAAUUGAAUAAAAACCUGAACAAAUUGAGUUAAAUGUAUAGAUAUGA